CAGUUUUCACUCUCUCCCAACGCUUGGACGGUGUAAGUGUGUCGGUUUAUUAUAUGUCAUUUCUGAAAAGAUAAUAUAAAAAGCCCUUUCAUCAUGGCAAGCACAAGCAGAGAUAGAGGCAGAGGGCGUAAGUAUUUAAAUGGCAACCAGAAGCGAGCACUGGCAAAGGCAAAGGUGCUUGAAAAUGAAAAACAUCGAGGUGCUAUCAAAAAAUUUCUUGUCACUCCACCUUUGAAACGCCCAUGUAUUGAAGAUGAAGAAGACAAAAACGAUUCAGAAAAUGACAAUACAGCCAUUAGUCCAAUUACAGUUGAUGAAUACAAUGAAGAAAUUGAUAUUCAGUUUGAAAAAGUUCAAGUUGACACACAGACACAGUUGAAUCAAACUGAAGACGAUCUUAAUACAACAGAAGACAGUGCCAAAGUGAGAAGUCCACUUAUAGCUAAAGAAGAGUCAGAAGGCCAAGCCCAAACAUCAAACAGUGAUGGAUCAUCCACAAGUACAGUUGUAAUUAACAUUAAUGAUGACCCGGCAAGUUGGCCAUCGAAUAUAAAUAGAAAUAUAAGAGAUUAUUUAACAAUGAAAGGGCCUCCUGAUAUUCCAGUGAACAAGUUUCCACGAAAUGAAAAGGGAUUGUGUUUUUCUAAGUUUCACUGUAAGAGAAAACUUCCAAAUGGGGAGUAUGUUGAUAGACCUUGGAUUAUUUAUUCUCAGUCUGCUGAUAGAAUUUAUUGCUUUUAUUGUAAGCUUUUUAGUAUGAACAAAACCAGUGCAUUAUCAGCAAGUGGAUUCAACAACUGGUCUAAUCUUCUUACAAGGUUGUAUGAGCAUGAAAAUUCUAAAAACCAUUUGGAAGCCACAUGGCAAUUCUGGGAGUUAUACCAAAGACAUUAUAGUGGACAGACAAUUGACAAAGAACGUGAACUAACUAUUAAUAAACAUGCAAAGUACUGGCAGCAAGUAUUCAAAAGGCUAGUGGCAAUAGUGCAGUUUCUUGCUGAGAGAAAUCUAGCGUUAAGAGGGACAGAAGAAAAAGUUGGUAAUGAGAGUGUACACAAUGGAAACUUUUUAGGUUUAGUGGAGCUGUUUGCAAAGUUUGACUCUGUUCUUGAAGAACAUUUACGUAAAGUCAAGGCCAACGAAAUUCAUAAUCACUAUUUAGGAAAAGAUACUCAGAAUGAACUACUAGACAUUAUGGCUACAGCUGUUUUGAAUGAGAUACUGAAUCGCGUAAAAGCAGCUUAG